GUAAUGUAGCCCCAGAAAUGUCAAGUAAAGCGAAUUUGCGAUCACAGCGCCACUUCUAGUAAAUUUAUACCGCGCGCUACGUAUAAAUUAGUAGAUAUUUUUAGUUUAUAUCCCGGAUUAAUGCGAAAUAUGCGCGCUCGAUUCACUGCUAGAGAGUGGAUUUUUCUGACUCUAGGGAUUGCCAAUAUUACUGUUUUAGUCAUUUUAGCAUAUUUUGGUUGUAACCUUGACGGCCAUCGUCCCCAUUCAUCAUCUGAAGUCUUAGUUGCCUUAGAACUGGAACCUAACUUCACUCCUAAAUGGUUUGCUCAAGAAUGCGUGGGUGCGGUCACUGUUGGAUUUUCAGUGGAAAAUUUGUUUGACAUGGUGGCUACGUGGUGCAACGUACGGAGAAGUCAACGUUGUCGUCAGUUGUGUGAAAAGUUUAAUGGGAUCUAUUCACUGUCUAAACGAGAGGGUCAAGUGGUGUUGCCGGAUACGUUUGUACCCAAGGUAAGAAAAUGGCUUGGAGGCAACGAGGAAUUAUUGAAGCAAGUAAAUCGUCAGUCUGUGACGUCUGUCUUUAAUAUCUACACUCAUGAAGGCACACUAUUCUCUCCACUUCGAGCAAAGAGACCCGGCAGUGGAGACUUUUCUCCUGAUGUGGACAAAUAUAUUGAUGAACUCAAUCGAAACUCAGAAAAGGACUGCGAUUUCUGCAACUACAAGACAAUGACUGCUCAAAGUGUCUUUCCACGUGUUGAAUCAAAACUGACUGCGUCAGCAUCUAACGCAUUCAUUUAUGAUGGAUUUCAUGGUCUAUUGUUUCCGCGGUCUCAUCAUCCUGUCAAGUUUAGUGAAGAAGAGGUUGUAGACAUGAUGCAGACAACUAUAAAAUGGUUUAAGGCAGGAUACAAUGUAGAUCGAUCUUUCAAGUAUCCGCACAUGAUGUGGGAUAUAUUGCCGAAAGCCAGUGCCAGUCAACCGCAUCCUCAUGUUCAAGUGUCUCUGUCACCAGAUCACCACUAUGGGCAGAUGGAACACCUAAGGAUCUCUGCCAAUCAAUAUGCUGCUGAUCAUAACAGAAACUAUUUCACAGACGUAAUUGAACUUCACCAUGCAUUGGGUUUGACAGUGAAGGUUGGACAAGCUGUUGCUAUCGCUUAUUUGACUCCAAGAAAGACGAAUGAAGUGAUCGUGUUGAGCAAAACGGCUACUGACGACUUCUUUCGUUUGAUCUUUUAUGUGAUUCAAGCUUUGUUUGACCAGAAAAUUUACGCGAUCAGUAGUGCCACCGUGUUCCCUGCCUUGCAUCAUUUUGAGAACCCACCUGCUAAUGAUUUGCCUGCAAUGUCUCGAAUAAUCAGUAGAGGCGGAGCAACAAGCCCACGUGGAGAUAUCAGUGCUAUGGAGCUAUUUGGAGCUUCGAACGUGUUCUCCGACCCCUGGAAUGUCAUCGCUAAUGUUCAGAAGUCCGUAUACAAACGAGCUACAAGAAGUUGAUGUACCACGCUGCAUAUGAGUUUCAUAGUGUACUGUUGUGUCCGUAUCGUAGCAGCACUAUUUAAUAUUUAAUAGAAAUUCUAUUGUAUUAUAGUA